UUUCCACAUGUAUAGAUCCGUAAAAGGGACCUCCAGUUCGCUCGGUUCCUCGUCCGUCGCCUCCUUAGCAAGUAUAUCCGCCAUCUCGUUCCCCGCCAGUCCUCUGUGUGCCGGAAUCCAUACCAGCAACUUAACGCAGAAGUUCUCCGCUAGUCUUACGGCUCUAUGCUUCAACAUCGGUAUCCGUGCCUCAGCGAUCAUCACGUUAGUAGGUGUACUGUUCCUGUAUCCCAUCGCAGUUCUGAUACCUUGCGAGAGAGCGGUAUUUAUUUCCGGGCCUCUGGUGAGCGAGCAAAUAUACUUGAUGACAUCAUUUGCCUUUUCCAUUCUGCCUCGUAUUACCACUACAUGUCGUUCCAUGCUCGCCUUGUUGUCAAAGUUAACACCCAGGAACUUGGCUUCCGGUCCAGUCGUGUAUACCGCUAUAUCGUCAGCAAACUGUAAUAUUCCCACUCCAUCUGCCAGCCAUUCCGCGAUGAAUCUUGUGAUUCUACUUGGGCAUCCUCUUCUAUCAAGCUUCUCCACGAGGAUCUCUGGGAUUACGUUAUCGUAUGCCGAGGCCACGUCCAGGAAGGCCGCCAUAGUGUAUCCUCCUCUGUACAUAGUGCUCCUUACAUCCGCCAAUAGUUUCACCAAGUUGUUGUGACACGAU